AUAUUCAUGCCUCUUUUGUUGAUUGUAUUAUAAUUUAGUGAUGGAAUUAUAUUUUGUUUUUGAACUUGGAAAUCCCAAAAUUGUCAGAUUGUCUUGCAAGCGCUGACUCUUCGACUAGCGUGGUCUCCAGCGAUAUCUAGCUGGGUCACACGAGCCCUGAUUUAGGAAGUUUCCUCAUAUUUCUUUAGUAGUUUAGUUUCUAGUUAAGCGGGAGAGCAACGAGUCCUUAUUUCUGAUUCCAUGAUACGCAUUUACUUUCUAAUUUACAUCUUAUUUCGGAAGAGGUAUUGAGGAUUUUAUGAGGUUUUUGGAAAACUAAUGGUUCAAUGUGCAAAAUAUAAUAUUUAUAAUCUUACAGGGAGAUUUGGCCAUAAACUUGGCAGGAUCAUACUGCGUGUUGGGUAGAGAUGGCAAUUUGGUACAUGAAAUCAAGUUUUCAGUCUACCUCUUAUUCGGAGAGAGGAUUUUUCGAUAUAGAAAGAAAAUUCGUUUAUAGCCAUAGUGGCAUAAACAAGAAUACUCAUUCACAAUCACAACCGAAGUUCUAAAUCCACCACCAAAGCCAUCUCGGUUAUGUUCUGUCACCUUUGAUGCUGACAAGAGACCAAAAGGAUGCUUAACAUAAGUGAGAGGUUUAAGAGGUGGUGUGGGUAAUACAUAGGGCAGUUGUGGUGAAGGUAUUACAAAUGAAAAAUUAAGAAAAGAAAGUAUUACAAAGAAUAAAUAAGAAAAAAGUGGAGAAAAGAAGAAAAUAAAUAAAGAAGAUAAAAAGACUUUUUUUCAUUUAAAAAAAAAAAUUAUAAUUAAGAUUUAAAUUUAAAUAUAAAAUUACAUGAACUUCCUUCCAUAUAAUGGUUUCCUUAAAGGAAAUAGAUGAAGGGUAAACAAAUAUAUUUUUCAAACAUAAGGAGUAGGAAUUGUCCUUUCAUUGAAGUUCGGGUAGGCCUCAAUUAUUUUGACGUCCGCGUUGAAACUUCCUCGAAUUUGUGCUCUGUUUAUGAAAAUUUACUUCGAAAAUGAGCCUCAAAUUUUUGUUCAGCGCUAGUGAUUUGAUCUCUUCAUAUUUAACCUGACGAUAUUCUUGUUCGUUUCAGCGAAUGUUUGUGUCAUUUGAAACACUUGAAGUCUUGAACAAAUUGAUUUGUAGGUAGACAUUUUCAGCCCUAUUCAUGCCGUACUUUCCACACAAACACUCAAUUGAAUGAGCCUUUAUCAAGAAGCCAAGCACCAGAUAUUUUUACAGCUUUCAUCUUUUUCCUUUCAUGGGUCUUCGCAUUUACGUGCCAUCUUUUUAGUUGAUGUUCAGCACGGACGGGGUUGAAUUAUUCGUUGCCCACCAACCGUUUGUUGUUUUGUUGCUAUGGAACUUGUAAUGUCUAUUUAAUCCGUUCUUAUUAAGUUGUUAUCAUCGUACCACCCCCAACUGAAAAUGACAAUAUUUUUCUUCCGAAGAAGCUUUGCUAUCAAGUCACUUGUAACCAGUUCUCAUUUCCUCACGAGGGUAACUAGUUUUUGCACAAAGGCUCCAAGAAAUCUUCAGAAAGAAAAUGGAAGCAAGACUACAUCGACGCACUACUCUUCUGGGAUUCAACUUUCACCGUUGUUCAGUGACAGGACAUCCCAUUUUGGUGGCUAUGAUAUAGAGCUUGUGGACGAUGAUACUUGGAAGGUUUCAGCAGGUUUGGCACACGCGUGGCGUGGAUUGGAUGAUGAUAUGAAAGCAAGAUCUUCUGUGAACGCAAUUAACGAUGAUUCAACAUCUGUUGAGGAUGACAAUGAUUUUGAUGAGAUUGAUAAUUUGAGAAUUCGGGGUGAUCUUUUUUACAAACUUGAUAGGGAUUCCAAAGAAUUUGAAGAAUAUAGUUUUGAUUUCCACAGAAGGAAAUCUUCCAAGACAAGGGAUAAUAAAAAAGAAAGCGAAAAGAAGGAAACUUCAAAAGGAAAGAGUGAUCUUAAAGAAAGAAAAACAAAGGAAGCUUCAAAAAGAGAGAAUGAUGUUGGUGCUAAGGAAAGCAAAAAGAAGAUGAACCAACAUCAAGAUUAUGCCUCCAGUGAUAAAGAAUUACUCAAGGGUUUUGUGAUUAAAAGUAAUAUGGAGAGUUGUUAUGGGGAGAAAAAGAAGGUUAGGACUCCGACUUUUAAUCAGCUUACAGCUCCUUACCAUGAGCCGUUCUGUCUGGAUAUUUACAUAUCAAAAGCCUCUGUUCGAGCUUGCAUUAUACAUCGGGUUACUAGUAAAGUGGUUGCUGUGGCACAUUCUAUAUCGAAGGAUAUGAAAUUUGACCUGGGUUCAACUAGGAAUGCAGCUGCUUGUGCUGCAGUGGGAGGUAUUUUAGCUCAAAGGGCAUUGGCAGAUGACAUUCAUGACGUGGUUUACACGCCAAGAAAAGGGGAGAGGUUGGAAGGAAAGCUUCAGAUUGUACUUCAGUCAAUCAUUGAUAAUGGUGUUAAUGUGAAGGUGAAGCUCAAGCAGAAAAAGGCCAGGAAGGUUGCUUAUCCGUCUGCUUUCUAGAAAUAUUUGCCGUCUGUUUUGCUGUUUGAAGUACAUUAUUCAAGAUUACUCAGUAGAAAAAGCUACUUAGGCCGCUAUUAAAGAGUGUUAGACAAUAGGAACAGCCAAGAGAUUUCAACACAAUGUUCACUGAUGGGAAUUCCUCCUUAGAGAAAGGACUAUCUACUCCCAUUUGUUGUUGAUAUGGGCGCCAUAUUGUUGAAGCCUCACUAGCAAUCAUAUAUCUCUCUGUUAUUUAUCCACAAAUUGUGUUAUAUUGAAGUGGAAACUUCAAAUCGCACCUGCAAAUUAUUUUUCAUAUAAAGUUUUGCUCAGAUUCUAUUA